UGUUACUUGUGUUAGCGAUUGUAUUAUCCUUUGUUUUGGUAGCAUGUCUUACUUACACAUUUUAUGGACGACCUGCAACCACACCACCUUUCUGGAAAUCAACAGUUGGUUACUGGUUAGAUGUGUUUGCAUUCAAAGAUUCUUCUGGUGAUUUAGUUGGCGACCUCAAAGGUCUCACAUCGGAAAUUGAUUAUAUCAAAACUGUGAUCGGUGCAGGUUAUGUGAUACUGGGUCCCAUCACAAAAGGCUUUUACACCAAUUCACACAAUCUCCUCGGAUUAGUGGAAGACUAUGAGCAGUUGGAUGAGGCUGUUGGUACAAUGGAUGACUUUCGUGCCCUUUUGAAACAAUUUCAUAAGAAAGGUGUGAAAGUCGUACUGACGCUGAACUUCAAUGCGAUAUCCAUCAAUCAUAAAUGGAUUAGAGAAAACAAAGUCAAACUGAAGCCAUUUGAAGAAUCGUUUAUGACUCAGUGGGGAACUUACCGCAAACUAAGCUCUGUAAACCUCAGAGGGAGUACGUUUUAUUCUGUAUUCGGAGAACCCAAUGUCGAUCUGGAUUUGACUGAUCCCGCUACUCAGAAACAGAUAUUUAAUGUGAUCGACACAUGGAUGAGUGAGGGAAUAGAUGGAAUACUGCUGGAUAACGCUGCAUAUUUUGUCGAAAUAGAAGAAAAGAUUGAUUCCAGUUGCACACAUCCAGAAAAUUGUCCAAUUUCUCAGAUGUACACAGACGGAAGUGUAACAUUUGUUAGAGCUGUUAAAGGCGAAAUAGAAAAGUGGAUUAAAAAUAGUGGGAAAGAUAUGUGA